AUGGAACAGCUUUCCUUCAACGACAAUUAUGUCAACUUUACGACAAUCUACAGCAGUCCAGAAUCACGACCAAACAGCGUGGACUUUUUUGUUAAGUCUACAUACACAGUUAUUGAAUUCUUCUCCGUCAUCUUGCUGACUUUUGGCUACGUCUGUAAUCCCAUCUCCGUGGCGGUGAUGAGUAGAAAACCCUUCCGCAACACAGCAAUGUCCGUCUACUUGCGAUUUGUUGCAAUUUGUGACACUCUAACACUCACUAAUGGAUUAGUCAGUAUGUUCCGGUUGUCAGAGCUUGGACGAGAUAUCUUUAGAGAUAUGAACAUCUGCUGCCUGUACUACUGGACACUGGGCGUGUCCACUAAAUGUAGCAGCUGGACCUUACUGGCGGUCACUGUGGAAAGGGCUAUUUCUACAGCCAGGCCUCAUAAGGUCAAGGCCAUGUGUUCAGCUGCCAGUGCGAAGGUUUUCGUGCUCCUCAUUGUCCUUCUCUGGGGCGGUGUUACGAUGUUUGUGCCGUUUAUGCUCGGGCAUCAAAAUUUUACAGUACCCCAGACAAACAUCACACAUACAAGAAUCUGUGUCCUGGCGCGCACAACUCCAGGGACUUUAUUUUUGAAUUUCUUCCUUGACACUGCAGCCUACGGAAUUUUCCCCUCCGUUGUUUUGAUCAUUUGCAAUGUCGUCAUAAUUUCGUCUGUUAUUCGAAGCAGAAAUCGUGUUAAUAAAAUGUUUCAAAGAAACAGGGAUCACCCCAAAGGCAUUCUUAACCGCCUAAAGCAAAAACUUGGAGCGGGAAAUGAAAGUGUGAAGAAGAAGCCAGAUAACAAUGGCCGAUCUAAGGAGAUGUCCCUGACCGUCACACUCGUGUUUAUCAACACAUCUUACGUUUUGUGUAAUUUACCCGUUGUUCUAUAUCAGUUGUACCAUAAUUUCAAAGACGAAAGAAAGAUAACUGUUCGCGAUAAUGCUGUGUAUAUGCUACUUUUUCUUGUUAUGUAUUUUAACAACAUUCUCAACUUUCUUUUAUAUUUUAUCACCGGGUCUAGAUUUAGACAUGAACUCAUAAAUAUGUUUGUCGACAUUGUUCAUUGUCUCAAGUCAACAUUGUGUUAG